AUGGAUGCAAAAGUGAUCGUGAAGCAUCACAAACGAUCGACUCCCUUGGUGUCGACGCGUUUGGGAGCAGAAGACGAGGACGAAGACGACGAUGACGAUGUCGUCGUCGUCGUGGUUGACGAUGAUCACCCAGCUGUCGACGAUUCCAGCGGUGUUUAUUCCAUGCCAACGUCGUCAGCAUCUCCGCUUUUGGCCAGCAGAAAAAUCAGCAAUUCCUUACCCGAAGACGAUUUCAAGCGAAGUCUUCUGACUCACCCCGACACUGUCGACACUGACGUUAAGCCAAUCGAAGUGAAAAGUAGUGACGGGAAUAACUGCUCUUCGUCAUCGCCGCGUGGGUUUUCGCCGCUUGUAGCGACAUCUUCCGGCGUGUCGAAUAAACCGCCAGCGCAGUUGCACGUACGGAACCCAGGUGUCGUUAGCAGUGCAGUCUCCGGGAGGCUGAUGGUGGUGCAGCCAGGAAAAAAGGCUACCAUUUGGACGCAUUAUUAUCCAGAGGGGGGCUGGGGUUGGGUGGUUCUUGUGUGUGCCACUUUGGUCCACAUGCUGUCUCAUGGGCUUCAGCUCAGUUUUGGUGUCUUGAUGCUGGGUGUGGGGAGUAAAUUUUGGGAUGAUGUGGAAGCUGAUGGUGGAAAGGGGAAAAGUGAGCCUGUUGGUCACCAACUUGCCCUGCAAGGUUGGUUGGGAGCGAUGUCGCUCGGAGUCAGUCUGCUGAUCUCUCCUGUGACGGUGGGCUUGUGUCGACGGAAAUCGACACGAUUGACAGCCGUGUUGGGAGGACUCGUCACGGCACUCGGUUGUCUCUUCACGUCGUUUGCGACGCAGUUCCAUCAGCUGUUCUUCUCCUAUGGCGCUGUGAUAGGAAUUGGAGUGGGCUUGACAAGAGACACUUCAACCCUCAUGGUUGGUCAGUAUUUCAAGCGUCGGCGAGAAUUCGUGGAAAUCUUUGUUGUGUCCGGAUCUGGACUCGGGAUCUCUCUCAUGUCCGUCUUCAUACAAGAAGCCAUUGGAUCAAUUGGUUGGCGACUGGGUCUGCAAGCAGUGACAGGUUGCAUGGUUGUGACUUUUUUCGUUGGCACCUUUUACCGAAGUGCAACCCUGUAUCAUCCCCAACGAAGAGCCAUUUUGCACCUGAAGAACCAACGCAGGAAAAUCAAGGAUAAAUCCGGGGCCACAGCCGUGCAGAACCCCGCAGGGGCCGGCAACAACCCAGCGAACCAGGUUUCUGGGAUCGACACGAAACCCCCGAUCCUGGAUUUCUCGAGUUUGCGAUCCAAGACUCUGCAGAUUCUUCUGAUUGCCACUAGUUUGGCUGCUUUCGGGCUCAGUACUCCAAUUAUUUAUCUGGCUCAUCAUGCUGAGGAGAAGGUGGCUCAAUGGACAGCAGAAGCAGCAGCAAUGAGCAGCUCCAACUUCCCACCAGAACUCUCCAGCAUGACAAUUGAAGAACAAUUGCAGGGUAUUAAUCCUGAAGAUCCUGUGACCACUCUGCCAAUUGAUGUUCAAAGAGCCUUUCUGCUGCUAACCACUGCACCAACAACCCUGGCAACCAGCAACAGGAACCCCAGCAGCACAAGGCUCAAACCUGGCUUUGAGGCCACUAGUACAAACUUUAACUUAGCAGGCCCAAGGACUCCCUUGUUCUUGCAAGUUUUCCUUGGCCUAGGUUGGGCUGUUGGCACUCUUGCCUUUGGAUUCAUAGUUGUACAGAACAGUACAGAUUGCAGGAUUGCCAGACUUUACCUUUGCCAGGCAUCCGUCCUCAUGUGUGGAGUAUCUCUGUUGGCCCUGACUGUUGUGGAUGGAUACCAAGGCUACAUUUUGUUUGUUUGGAUCUAUGGGGUCUUUUGUGGAGGAUACCAAUAUUCCCUGAAAAUGUUUACCUUUGAAAAAGUCAGAGCAAGGAACUUCCCCAGGGCCUGGGGGUUUGUCCAGUGUUCACAAGCUCUUCCCAUAGUCAUUGGUGUUCCAUUCUCAGGGUAUAUAAAUGUGAGUUUUGGUGGCAAAGCUGGAUACUACAUGAGUGCAGCCAGUGUCUUGGCUGGAGGGGCAACCCUGUUCCUCAUCAACAUUCGCAGGAGACGUGCUGCAGCCAAAGUAGGCAAAAGAAAUGUCGCCUCCCCAUUGUCAAAGCAGCAGUUGACUCCUCCAAGUGCUAGAAACCCAUCUGGUGACAACGCCCCCUGGUGCAAGCAACUGAUAGCAGAAGCAGCAGCUGAGCUCUCCACCAAGUCCAGUCACAGCCCUGGGAAACUCAACUUGUCCUCCAGGGACUUUGAAAGAGGACAUGUCAUGGACACUGCUGUUGGGGAAAUGCUGGACUUGGACUUGCUUGAUGAUGUUGAAACUAGGCAAGCUUUGGCCCUGCUUAGACAAGCAGCUGUUGCAAGUAGCAGUGGGUCUAAGAUUGUAAGAGCAGCUGCAGCACACCAUUUGGCAAGUUUAUCAGCUCUCAGCUCCUUGCUGGACAUCAAAGCCAGUGGGCACCAUCAGCACAACAAAGAGCUCACUUGCAUCUCAGAAGAAGGCAUUGCAGACAUGGACCUUCCAGACAACCUUCUUGAUGAUCUGGACAUUGAUCUUGACAUUGACAUAGACCUAGCUGCUGACUGCAUCACCUCAUGCAACCAGAUGGAGAAUUAUCUUUUGAUGAGUGAAUUUGAGGCUAACUUAAACUACACUGGGACUGACCAGGAUGGGGAAAAUGUGAGGCAGGAGUCUUCUUGUUGUGAGGGAUCAGUGGCAAGUGCCUCCACUGCUCCCCCAGAGUCUGUGAGCAGUUGGCACAGUGUGUGGCCUGCCAUGAGGAGAAGGAGGAACUCUAUUGUGAGACAACUCAGUGCUUUAAGGAACAGGAAGGCUGCAGAGAACAUCACAAAAAGACCUGCAAAAGUGGUCACCAGCUCCACAAGUUUCGAGGUGAAGGCAUCCACUCCAGAGGCAUCAAUGGCAGAAGGCAGACCACCAACUCCAAAACCCCCUGAUGCCCAAAAGCCUGAUUCAUGUUCAAGUGCACCAAAGAUGAAGAGCUUCACCAAGCCACCUGUGCGCAAAAAGUUCCCAGCAGGGUGCAGCACAAGGGCUGAAGUCCGACUUUUGCAGCCAUCCAAUGAUGCCAACAUCAGCAAGCGCUGACAUCAUCCAAAAGAAAAGAAAAAAACGUUUUUUCGUGUUUUAUCCCAGUGAAUUCAAGUCGUCCAGUGUUCUCAGUUGCCAAAGAUAUGAUUUGUUUUUGUGCUGACAAAAAAAGAAAGAAGAGAGAAAAUAUUUCCACUGCAGUCUUAUAACUUCUGACA